GAAGCUCACUGUGCAAUGAGUUCUGUGGUGUUACCAGGGUCGCAGAUCUGGACAAAGUAUUCAAUCUGCAGUGAAAGAGGAGUUACAGGUCUGCUGCUGUUAUCACCGGCAACAUGGCACCGACCAAGAAAGAAGCCAGGAGCUCUCAGAUGGAGAUGGCUCUGGGCUUUGCACUGGGUGCAGUGGGAGGCUGCACACUGGGAGCCACAGAGGAACCAGUGGACAGCGCACUCUCAGCCAUGACUGCAGCAGGCCCUCUGAAGCCAGUGAUAGAUGAAAUAAGAACUGUGGGUCCUCUAGGACUGGGGACCCUUGUUGGAGCCACUGCCCUGACCACAGCCAUGACAUCAGUUGUAGUUGGAGUCACUUUGGCGGCAGCAGCAGCUUCAGUAUUUGUGGCCAAGAGGAGGUACAGUGCUUCUCAGUCAAAUUCUUUCUGUUUGUGGGCAUCUGCAGGACUGGCCGGUGCUGCUGGGACCACAAUCAGUGGAGCUAUGCUUGGAGUUGCUGUCGAACACAUUGUGAUGAGUUCCGGAAUGGUGGGCCUUUUGUGGGCUCUCAGCAUCUUCACUUUGGUCAAGCCACCACUGUACCUGCUUUUUAAGUUCAUCUGGCAGCAAGAAAAGGCAGGUUGCAUCGGAGGGAGUGCAGCGUUUACCACUGACAGGAAAGAGCUUGAUGCUGCAGAGCUGCAGCGACGACAGAGAGUAGCUGUGGAGAUGGAACAAAGGAUCCUUACCUUGGAGAAUGGAGGCAACAUCGAUGACACAGAGCGCAGGGCAGUCUGGGACACUGAACGGAGGCAAAGAGAAGAGAUAGAAAGGCAGAGGAGAGAAAGAGAAGAGGCAGAACGGGAGCAGAGAACCAUUCAGGACUGGAUUAAAACCAUGGUAGUGAAACAUGUGGACUUCUUUGUUUUUUCGGGGAUCCCUAUGACAGGAGUCGCCAUUGUUACUUCAACAUUUGGGGUGUUUGGUUAUGGAGGCCACCAGUCUGUGUUUAUUGCUCUCCUGGUUUUAGUUUCACUCAUUGCCUAUUUGCUACUGAAGUCAUCUGACUUUAAAUUUUGGAUGUUGAUUGGUUGCAUGGGAAUGCUGGCAACAUUUGUCAUUGCUGUGCUCACCCUACAUGCUGGACAGAUGGUUGUAACAGCAGGCAUGAGGAUGCAAGCAGCUGGACAUAAUCAGUCUAAAUCAGAUAUUGGUGCUCGCAUGAACCAUCAUUCAGCACUAGAAGCUUUGCAUGCAGUUUUCUUUGUAGCAAAACUGUGCCAGUUGGGUUUAGGGGCCACGGUGGGGGGUCCACUGGUGCGGCAAGCAGCCGGUGAGGCCAAAGUCAUCAUGGGGGCAGCUUUAGUGGCAUGGGCUAUACUGAUUGGGAUGAGCACUUUGGCGCCAGUGUUAGGGGACGGGUGCAGAGCUGGAGCACUGCUCGGGGUAGUGGGAGCUGCAGGCGUUUCAGUGGGUGCAGGAACAGCUAUAGCUGGAAGAUGGUCCUCAUGGCCGGGAACCUUGGGAACUUUAACAGGAUUAAUUGUCGGAUCAUUAUGGAUGGGGAAAUGGCAUGCUGUUAACAUUGGACUACAGGUGCCUGUCGCCUAUGUCUUUGCCAUGACCAAUCCACUUUAGAGCCCAUGACCCUUUGGUGACAGCAGGUUAUUGACUCACUGAGAACAGGUGCUGAUCUGUUUUAUAGAUUUGUAUAGAUUAAUGUAUUUUGUGAUUGUUGUCCGUUAUACCAUCCAUGAAAAUCAUUGCCAAAUGCUUAUUAAAUCCUUAACUGUAAUCUUGCUUACCCAAAUCAAAAUUUUUAAAUAGAAAUCAAAGUCAUAAAAUCAAGAAACAUCUUUCCACAUGUAUACAUACAUGGUCAGGGUUAAAAACAACAAUAAUUUAACCUUGAUCCAGGUUAGUCCCAUUGAGAUCAAGAUGUUGUUGGUUUGCUUGUUUGUGCACUUAGGUGUUAUUUUGUGCUGUGUUCUGUUAAUAUUAUUAUUAUUUUCUGUAUAUGUUCAUUUAUACUUGGCUGAUCUGGGUCCCCCGUGUUCCACCCCUGCAUACUCACCUGUCUGUCUUCUUAUGUCUCCUGUUGUACUUAUUAUCAUGUGUGAGUCCCACUUUGCUUUUCUGCUUUUCUUAUGGAUUCUGGGUUUAGUCUUCAUUAGUUCUUAUUAGUCUUUAUGGUCUGAUCACCUCUUGCUAUCUUUAUGUUAGUUCUCACUCUUGCACCUUAUGUACUCCUCUAACUUUAGCAUCUUAUUUACUCUGAGGUUUAAGUUAGUUUUGUUACGUCCCCUCUUGUAGUUUGUAAUCAUUAUGUUGAUAUUCUACUCACCUGCAGAUGUCUGUCUUAGUUUCUGUUCACCUUUCAUUUGUAUGUUGUCACUUGACACUCUGCCCUGUUUUUGUCACCGUUUGGACUGUUUAGCACUCUGGCACUCGUGUGGAUAAUAAAUCACCUCAACUUUUGCAUCGA